CCAGAUCCUCCACCUAGCCGAGAUCCAAAGAGCUAACACCGCCCAGGGGGCGCGGCCAGGACCAUCUAGGGCGUGGGGUGCCCGGAGCCCGGAACGGCGACCCGUCCACCCGACCAGCGGGAGAGUAGAUCCACGGAUCUGGAAAAAGGAUUGGAGAAGCGACACCCCGGAGCGGACGUGAAACGGACCCGGGAAUAGGGCAAAAUAAAAAAAAAAAAAAAAUUGCCUGGGACUCCGGGCGCGGCGGCGCAGCGGGCUCGGGUGUCUUCUGGCGGCGCCUGGAGCAGGUGAACAGUUCCAUCACCCACGGUGCUGAGCCCGCUUGCGUUUUUGUUUUUGUUUUUUUUUUUGCCCCCGGCCCGGCCGGCGCUCCCAGCCAUGGGCCCCGGCUCCCGCCGCGUGCCCGGUGCCCCUGGCUGGAUGCUCCGCGUCCUGGCCUUGAUGGUGGCUUCUGGCGGCCGGGUCGCCUUCGCCUUCAACCUGGACACCCGAUUCCUGGUGGUGAAGGAGGCGCUGAACCCCGGUAGUCUCUUCGGCUACUCGGUCGCCCUCCAUCGGCAGACCGAGCGACAGCAGCGCUACCUGCUUCUGGCUGGGGCUCCCCGGGAGUUUGCUGUGGACGAUGGCUACACCAACCGGACUGGAGCCGUGUACGUGUGUCCCCUCACCGCCCUCAAGGAUGACUGUGAACGGAUGGACAUCUCAGAGAAAAGUGACCCUGACCAUCACAUUAUCGAGGACAUGUGGCUUGGGGUGACUGUGGCAAGCCAGGGCCCUGCGGGUAGAGUUCUGGUGUGUGCCCAUCGCUACACCCAGGUGCUGUGGUCUGGGCUAGAGGACCAGCGACGCAUGGUAGGCAAGUGCUAUGUGCGUGGCAACGACCUCCAGUUGGACCCUGGCGAUGACUGGCAGACCUACCACAAUGAGAUGUGCAACAGCAACACCGACUACUUGCAGACCGGCAUGUGCCAGCUGGGCACCAGCGGAGGCUUCACCCAGAACGCUGUGUACUUUGGUGCCCCUGGUGCCUACAACUGGAAAGGAAACAGCUACAUGAUUCAGCGGAAAAGCUGGGAUUUAUCUGAGUACAGCUACAAGGGCUCAGAGGACCAAGGAAACCUCUACAUUGGGUACACGAUGCAGGUAGGCAGUGCCGUCCUACACCCCACGGAGAUCACCGUCGUGACGGGCGCCCCACGGCACCAACAUAUGGGCGCCGUCUUCUUGCUGAGCCAAGUGCCAGGUGGAGACCUGCGGCGGAGGCAGGUGCUGGAGGGCACGCAGGUGGGCGCUUAUUUUGGCAGUGCCAUUGCCCUGGCAGACCUGAACAAUGAUGGGUGGCAGGACCUCCUGGUGGGAGCUCCCUACUACUUUGAACGGAAAGAGGAGGUAGGGGGUGCUGUCUACGUCUUCAUGAACCAGGCGGGAACGUCCUUCCCUGAUCAACCUUCCCUCCUGCUUCACGGUCCCAGUCGCUCUGGCUUUGGCAUUUCCGUAGCCAGCAUUGGUGACAUCAACCAGGAUGGAUUCCAGGACAUUGCCGUGGGAGCUCCAUUUGAGGGCUUGGGCAAGGUUUACAUCUACCACAGCAGCUCCGGGGGGCUCCUCAGGCAGCCCCAGCAGAUAAUCCAUGCAGAGAAACUAGGCCUGCCGGGCUUGGCCUCCUUUGGCUACUCUCUGAGUGGGAAGAUGGAUGUGGAUGACAACUUUUAUCCAGACCUGCUGGUGGGAAGCCUGUCGGACCACAUUGUGCUGUUGCGGGCCCGACCUGUCAUCAACAUCCUCCAUAGGACCUUGGUGGCCAGGCCAGCCGUGUUGGACCCCUCGCUUUGUACAGAUGCUUCCUGUGUCCAAGUGGAGCUGUGCUUUGCCUACAACCACAGCGCUGGGAACCCUCACUACAGGAGGAACAUCACUCUGGCUUACACAUUGGAGGCUGACCGGGACCGCCGCCCACCCAGGCUCCGAUUUGCCCGCAGCCAGUCGGCUGUCUUUCAUGGCUUCUUCUCCAUGCCAGAGACACAUUGCCAGACACUGGAGCUGCUGCUGAUGGACAAUGUCCGUGAUAAACUCCGUCCCAUCGUUAUUGCCAUGAACUACUCCUUACCUUUGCGCAUGCCCGAUCGCCUCAAGCUGGGGAUGCGGUCUCUUGAUGCCUACCCAGUCCUCAACCAGGCACAGGCUGUGGAGAACCACACUGAGGUCCACUUCCAGAAAGAGUGCGGACCAGACAACAAGUGUGACAGCAACCUGCAGAUGCGAGCCGCCUUCGUGUCUGAGCAGCUGCAGCCUCUAAGCAGGCUCCAGUACAGCAGAGACACUAAGAAACUGUUCCUGAGCAUCAAUGUGACCAAUAUGCCGAGCCGCGAGCGGGCUGGGGAAGACGCUCAUGAGGCACUGCUCACCCUGGAGGUGCCGCCCGCCCUGCUACUGUCCUCAGUGCGUCCGGCUGGGACCUGCCAAGCUAACCAGACCAUCCUGUGUGAGCUAGGAAACCCCUUCAAACGGAACCAGAGGAUGGAGCUGCUCAUUGCCUUUGAGGUCAUUGGCGUGACCCUGCACACGAGGGACCUUCAGGCACACCUGCAGCUAUCCACGUCAAGCCACCAGGACAACUUGCAGCCCGUGUCCCUCACUCUGCAAGUGGACUACACACUCCAGGCCUCACUCAGACUGAUGAAUCAUCGGCUGCAGAGCUUCUUUGGUGGAGCAGUGAUGGGCGAGGCUGGCAUGAAAACUGUGGAGGAUGUGGGGAGUCCCCUGAAAUAUGAAUUCCAGGUGAGCCCAGCGGGAGAUGGGCUGGCUGCCUUGGGCACACUGGUUCUAGGUCUGGAGUGGCCCUAUGAAGUUGCCAAUGGCAAGUGGCUGCUGUACCCCACGGAGAUCACUAUCCGAAGCAAUGGGUCCUGGCCCUGUGAGCCGUCUGGAACCCUUGUCAACCCUCUCAACCUCACUCUCUCUGACCCCGGAGACAAGCCACCGUCUCCACUGCGCAGACGGAGACAGCUGGACCCAGGGGGAGACCAGGGUCCCCCACCUGUCACGCUAGCUGCUGCCAAAAAGGCCAAGUCUGAGACUGUGUUGACCUGUGCCAGUGGCCGAGCACGCUGUGUGUGGCUGGAGUGCCCCAUUCCAGAUAGCUCUAAUAUCACCAACGUGACCGUGAAGGCUCGGGUAUGGAACAGCACCUUCAUUGAGGACUAUAAAGACUUUGACAGAGUCAGGGUGGAAGGCUGGGCUACUCUGUUCCUGAGAACCAGAAUCCCUACCAUCAACAUGGAGAACAAGACCACAUGGUUCUCAGUGGACAUUGACUCAGAGCUAGUGGAAGAGCUGCCUGCUGAGAUCGAGCUGUGGUUGGUGCUCGUGGCCGUGGGGGCUGGGCUGCUGCUGCUGGGGCUCAUCAUCAUCCUGCUGUGGAAGUGUGACUUCUUUAAGCCGACCCGCUACUACCGGAUUAUGCCCAAGUACCACGCAGUGCGCAUCCGGGAGGAGGAGCGCUACCCACCUCCUGGGAGCACCCUACCCACCAAGAAGCACUGGGUCACCAGCUGGCAGAUUCGGGACCGAUACUACUGAUGCCCUCUCCGACAUCCCUCCCGAUGCUCCCUUCCUUCCUAUUUAUCAUAAAUUAUGACUCCGACAGUCCAAAAGGGACCACGCAUUUGGCUGGCACCAGCAGGCUCAGGCAUAUAUCCCUCCUCACUGCAGGCAUGUUUUCUGGGACCCUAGAAUCUCCUUCAAGACCUUGCAGUGCUGAGCACGGCACAGCCCUGCACACUGGACACAGCACACAGGGCCUGCUGCUAACGGCCUCUUCUGAUAGCCUGUAGAGGGUACCAUGGCCAAGCCUCUGUCUGUGCCAAAACCAAGCCAAAGCACCUCUACUGGGAGCCAGGAGGAAAAGGUCCCUGAUGUGGUGACAUCUUUCCUCCACACUGGAUUCCCCUUGAGCCAUUGUCGCUGGACUGACUUUAUGGUCCAGAAUAAAACUACUGACAAGGAGGAGACUGUCAAGCCCAGCUGCAAAUCCGGGCACCCACUGGAGAGCAGGGCCACACGAAAGGCUAUCCAGGGGGUGCCCUUACGACUUGUGUGCUCAGACCCAAGAGCAAGGAACUAGAGAGCAGGUCCCCAGAACUGGCUAUGAAUGGAUCUCUCAAAUCCUGGCUACAGAUGGAGUUGGCAAGAAACGCAGCCCAAAGGAACAAAGAGAAACAAAACCACGGACGGCCUGGACACACUGUGCUGGAACUGACCUGGAGCAUGGUGGCAUCCUUCAGAGAGCAGGGUAUCAGUCACGGCCUAGCAGAUCCUGGCAGGAUGCAGAGGAUUAACUUCUGACCCAUCCAGAUCACCUCAGCCUGGGCAAGGCCUGGAGACCCCACAAGACCACGUGGGGGUGCGAUACUUGAAUGUAGGGCAGGGGAGAGCCCAGCCCCUGCCCCAGCUGGCCAGACUCAACUCUGUUCCCUUGACCACAGAGAUGGUAUUCUGAGCUGCCUGUGGCUUUCUGAGAAACCUAGCCCUUCCCCAUCCCUGAAAGCUACAUCCUCAUUCUGGCAGUGGAGGCUGAUGUCCCAGGUCCUCCCCUCUCCCUGAUUCCUCCCACUCUGCAGCUCUGCCUCUCACCCCAGCCCACGGUACUAUAGCAGCUUCCCCCCCACCCUGUGCCUUCUUUGUAUAUGGGCUUCUGUCUCUCUUAACAUAAAUAAACAGUUCCCAGUUUGUACUGCUGCA